AUGAGUGAAAAUAUUAUUGUUUAUGAUAAUUUAAAGAUCAAAAACUUCGGCGAGGUUGUGAUCCCUCAAGCAUUAGAGCUAUUAUUGCAAGUCGAAGAUCACUAUUUUAACCUAAACCAAGAAAAAUUCGAAGAUUCAAUCAAUUUCUUCAAAAAAUUUAUUACAGAUGGCCCCGGUGAAACUCAAAAUGACAAUUUCAAAUACUUACUAGAAUUAUUUGUCAAUGGAAAAUUAAUGCAAUCUCAUACAGAUAAUUUACAUUUUAAUAUCAUCCAAACCCUCAGACAAAUUUUCAAACCACUAAUCAGAUCAGAUGACAUACUUAUAUAUUCGAAAGCCUCUGAUGCAGGUAUUGAUGUCUCAAUUCCUUACGAACUUAGGGAAAGUAUAAUUAAACAAGAAAUUGGACCAAAACGCAAACCAGAUGAGUUCACACAGCUCAUAUACGACGACAAUGUCUCCAAAUUUCAACAAUAUAUUGAAACCCACAAUUAUGAUUAUUCUUACACAUUAAAGAGGAGAAUAUUCAAAAAACCAUCAUUAAACAUUCUCAAAUUCAUAUUGAUCAGCGGAAAUUCACUCGAAAAAUUCAAUAAAUCAGAAUUAUUUGAAAAAUCUAACUUAAGCAAAGCAGUUUCAUCAGGACACAUCGAACUUAUACGCUUACUUGAACAAAACGGUGCUAAUUACAACAACUUUUUAUCAGAUGCUUUUAAAUCUCGAAAUUAUGAGUUAAUUAACUGGAUUCUUGAGAAUUAUCAACAAGAAAAGGUCAAAAAGAUCAAUAUUUCGAACCUUAGAUCCCUUAUUUUCUGUUUAGAAAACAAUAUUUGUACGAAUUAUUAUAAUUUUUACAAAAUUUUUUAUGAAUCGAAAUUCAAAUCUAUUCUUGAAUUUCUUGCUACAUACAAACUUGAUUUCCAACAAAUAGAUUCAUCUGAAAUAGUUCUUGACACUUUGAAAAACAAGAGAUUUGAUUAUUUCAACAUUUUUUAUGAUUUAGGAUUAAUUUUUCCAGACAGAUUUGUUACGCAACCUUUAACUUAUUUGGUUGAGAAUUAUGACCCUGAACUUUAUGAAAAAGUUUAUCAGUUCAUACAAAGAAAUCCUUCAACACGUUUCACGUUUUCAAGAAAAACAAUUCAAGAAAUUUUGUCAAAUUUAGAAAUUUUGACAUUUUUUGUUGAAAAGAAACUGAUUACUGACAUUGGAUUAAGAGAAAUUCUUUCAUCUGGUGGUAUAGAAGAAAUGAAUUAUGCUUUUUCUCAUCUUCAUGCUUUCGAUGUCAAUGAGUUUAACUCAUUAUUUUCAUUUUUUGAUCAAUUUACUUUACUUUUUAAACCGGAAUUAAUUAAAUAUAUUCUUGAAAACAAUAGUGUUAGUUUAGAGAAAAACAAUGGAUUUAAUUUAAUGAAGUUUGCUUUUUCGUCGGAAAACAUUGAUUUAAUGAAUUGUCUUCUUGAUAAAGGUGUUAAACUCGUAAUUAAAGAAGAAAACAAAGAUUUUUAUAAUCCUAGAACUGUUUAUAUUCAUCUCGGUGAUGAAAAAGAUGAAGAUGAAGUUUAUGAUGAAGAUUUCGAUGAUUUAAGACUUAAAGUUUAUAAUGUUCUUGAUGGAGCAACACAUAAUAAUUUGGAAGCUUAUAAACUCAUCUUAGAAAGAGGAGGAAAAGCAAUUGCAAAAGGAUCAGGAAAAUGCAAAACUCUUCUUGAUUAUCAUGCUUCAAAAGGAAACACAGAAAUUGUUAAACUUCUUUUAGAACAUGGAACAAAGGUUACGAAAUAUUCAUUUAAUCAUUGCAAAGAUUCUAAAACAAUGAAUUGCUUGAUAGAGAAUUCGGAAAAAGAACAAAUUGAAGAUCUUCUUGAAGAAUUGAUUGAAGAUGAUAAAAAACCAUCCGGAUUUCUUUAUUUCACAAAGAAAUAUCCAAUCAAAGAAAUCUCUUUAUACAAACUUCUUAAAUGUUUGACGAAAGCUUUGAAAGUUAAAAAUGAAGCAAUUUGUAUUUACAUAUUGAAUAAUGCUGUGAUUCAAGAUGAAGAAGAUAUCGAUUCUAUGCCUGAUGAGGCAUAUUCAUGGCUUAUUAGAGCUGUAGAUAUAAACUCAUCUUUCUGUGUGAAAUUAAUUUUGGCUGCAUUGAAAACAACUAGAUAUUUAGAUGGAUAUUUCGAUCCAGAAGAAGCUUACUGUGGCUUUUACUCUGACAAUGAAGAUAAUGAUAUUGAACCUGCCUCAUUUGUUAUUCCAGAUUAUUUCCUUCAUGCAGCUAAAAUGAAUAACACAGAAAUUGUAAAAGAGCUCAUCAAAUACGAAGUUCCUUCUUAA